AUGUGGCGUUAUUUGUGCAUUGUGCUGGUUCUCGGAGUACAGUACGGUUUAGCCGGCAAAUUAAAUAAUGGUGCAAAAUCGGUGAUUAAAAAAGAUCCGCCCCUAACGCAAGGGCUAUUGUAUCCCUUUGAAUCGGAAUCGCGAGAUGUUAGGUCCUUAGAUGGUAUGUGGCGUUUUUUGAAAGUUGCUUAUAAUGAUUCUAUGAAAGGUGUGGAGGAAAAAUGGUUUGAACGGGAUUUGGAUAAGGUAAACCCCACUCUAGCAAUGCCUGUGCCGGCCAGUUACAAUGACUUGACCACAGAUGAAUCAUUAAGGGAUCAUUUAGGUGUUGUCUGGUAUGAAAGGAAAUUUUUCGCGUCCUAUGAUUGGUCAUUGGAUAAACGCGUUUGGCUACGUUUUGGCAGUGUACAUUAUUCGGCAGUUGUGUGGCUCAAUGGCGUAGAAGUCGUUCAACAUGAUAUCGGUCACUUGCCAUUUGAAGUGGAAAUAACGGAUCAUUUGAAAUUUGGUGCUCAAAAUCGUCUGACAGUGCUGUGCAAUAAUACCCUAACACGUUCAACAGUGCCACAGGGUGAUGUGGUCAAACUUUUGACAGAUGCCGGCAAUAAAACAUAUCAAACGUAUACAUUCGAUUUCUUUAAUUAUGCCGGUAUACAUCGUUCGGUGGUGUUAUAUACUACACCCAAAGUCUAUAUACAAGAUAUACACAUAACGACAGAUGUGAUAGUGCAGCCAAACGAAGACGAGGAAGAAGAAGUGGUAGAAGAAAAUUCAGGAAAUAUUGGAAUAAUUGAUUUUAAAGUAACCAUUGCUGGAAUAGAUACCAACGAAGUUACGGAAUCACCCGUAUUUGAAUCAUAUUAUUUACAUAUACAAUUACGAGCAGCUGAUGAAAUUGUCGCCCAUGAAAUGUGUAAAGGGAGGGCAUUUAAUGGAACACUUAGGGUGAAAAAUCCCAUACUAUGGUGGCCAUAUCUCAUGAAUCCCGUCUAUGGUUAUCUAUAUACUUUGGAAAUAUAUUUGCAUUCAGCUGCAGAUGAAUCGCUGGUCGAUGUUUAUCGAAUGAAAGUUGGUAUACGUAAAUUGCAAUGGGACGAGACAAGUUUUUUGCUAAAUGGUCGUAAAGUUUAUCUGCAUGGAUUUGGGAGACAUGAGGAUUCGGAUUUAAGAGGAAAAGGUUUAGAUUAUGCCUUGCUAACACGUGAUUUUAAUCUUCUGAAAUGGAUUGGAGCCAAUGCCUAUCGUACUUCACAUUAUCCUUAUUCGGAGGAGUCAAUGCAAUUUGCCGAUGAAAAUGGCAUCAUGAUUAUUGAUGAAUGUUCAAGUGUCAAUACCGAUUAUUUUGGAGCCGAACUCUUGUACAAUCACAAAUCAGCCUUGGAACAAUUAAUACAUCGUGAUCGCAACCAUCCCAGUGUUAUAAUGUGGUCAAUUGCAAAUGAACCCAGAACACAAAAGAAUCAAUCUGAGGCAUAUUUUAGAGAAAUCGUGAGAUAUGCCAAGACAUUGGAUCUUAGCAGACCAAUAACGGCCGCAAUUAAUGUGGAAAUUGGUAAAGAUAAAUUGGCUCAAUUUCUGGACAUCAUCAGCUUCAAUCGUUACAAUGCCUGGUAUCACAAUGCUGGUCAUUUGGAUAGCAUUUCAAUAAAUGUCAAAACCGAAGCAACUAAUUGGAAUAAAAAGUACAAGCGUCCGAUAAUAAUGUCUGAAUAUGGUGCCGAUACAUUAGAAGGUUUACAUUCUUUACCUGAAACAAUUUGGUCAGAGGACUAUCAAAUUGCGCUGUUCGGUCAACAUUUUAAGGCAUUCGAUUAUUUAAUACAACAGAAAUGGUUUAUCGGAGAGUUUGUAUGGAAUUUUGCUGAUUUUAAAACAGAACAAGCCUAUACCCGAGUUGGUGGCAAUAAGAAGGGCGUAUUUACCCGCAAUCGUCAACCAAAAUCUGCUGCCCAUCUUUUACGUGAACGUUAUUAUGGUCUAUGCAAGCAAUUCUAUGAAUGCGAGGUGCCUAGUGAUUUCUUGCCUUAUACUAUAAAUUGGCGUUAUCGUGUCCAUCGUCCUGCCGUCGAUGCAGAAAAUUGUGAUUCAAAUUCUAUAAACAAAGAAUGUAUAGAUUUUCAAUUGAACUGAGUAAUAUUU